GACCCUCAGAAGAUUCUUUACAGUUGUGAUGAAAGGAAUGAAGAGGGCCGAGACGAGGAGGAUGACGGUGAGACAUUAAUGGCAGAUGAAAGCAGCCUGCUCAGACGAGGCGUCGAACCAUCAUCGCUGCAUCGCCCGCCGGGACGACCACCCGCGCGUUUCAGGAUCAAAGACGUAACCGCAGAGGUUAUACGCGACUACCAGCACUAUGAUCCAGGAGAGGAUCUCGAUGUGUCGGAUCAGUCUGAUGGUCAGCAAGCGACUGCUUCCAACGACGUGUCGCCGCCUACGGUGCACGACCAGGGUACACCAUAUCAGGAACAUUUCAAUUGGCAUCACAAUCCGACUUUCCCAGCUGCGGAGCCUAAUAUUACUAGUCUUCGGUCUACUGAUUAUGUUCCUCUGCCCACUCCAGGAGAUCUCGAGUCCAUUUGGCACAGUCCCGUCGCCACUACGUAUCUAGACGAUAGCGUAUUCCUGCCAGGCUCAGCAUAUCUCGAUGCGCAUUCUACUUUUCGAAACCACCUUAUUCAGGAAGUGAGAUCCAAUGUGCCGACUCGACAAGUCACGCCUGAUCCUACACGCAUCGAGCAUGUAUGGGGAGUUAAUGCGGACUACAACCCAGACACCGAGAGCCACAUCACAGAGAUCCCCACUCGCCUUAACGCAGUCGAAGAACAAACUCUCACAAACCCCUCCUCAGCCCCCCAGCUAUCCCCAGAAGAAGAAUUCGCACUCUGGAAAAAUUGGUUCGAUGAAGUCGCACCUUGGAUCGAUAAAUUCGAUCCUGAACGCCAUUUCCGACAUACACUUCCCGUUAUAGCGCGGUCUCACGACCACUUGCGAUACUCCAUACUUGCGCUAUCAGCACGCCAGACAGAGCGAAAGAACAACAGCAAGCACACGGAGAGGAGUUUAUCUCUGUACCAAACAGCCAUUCAACUCGUCUUACCACAGCUACACACGCGCAGCACGCCCGUAAUAGCAUCAUGCGUUGUACUCUGCGUACUGGAGAUGCUGAGUUCGUCGGCAAAAGCCUGGCACCAGCAUCUCGAUGGGUGUGCACAUCUCUUGGAAGCUGUGGGCAUCAAUGGCUUCUCAGGCGGUGUCGACCAAGCGCUCUUCUGGUGCUUUGCGAGGAUGGAUGUUUGUGGUGGGCUUAUCGCAUCUUCCAAAACGCUUAUACCGGUUGAGCACUGGGCUGACGGUAUGGAUCUUGACGGUGAUGUGGAGCGCUUCCGAGCGGACGGCGGAUACAACGUCCAUGCGUGCGAAGCGGUGUAUCUUGUUGCGCAGAUACUCGGCUUACUGUCUUUCCAUUCAAAUCUAGCUGGGAGGGUUGGUGCUACACCACCCACAUGCGCAGACACAGAUGAAGCAUACACAGUGCGAUGGACUCGCCUCUGGUCUCACGUCUCUGCAUGGUACACCGCCCGCCCCGCAGAAAUGCUACCCAUAUCUUGCUUCUCGACCUCCGCAUCCCCUUUUCCGAAGAUCCUGUACAGCAACCCGGCCGCCAUGUCUGGUAACCAGCUCCAUCAUACGGCGUGUAUCUUGCUGCUUCGACACAAGCCUUCAGGCGUUAUCGUCACACCCAAGCCCAACUCCAUCUUCUGGCACGCGCGCCAAAUCUGUGGGAUAUCGAUUAGCAACGAUGAUCAUGCUGCUUGGACGAAUGCGAUACAGCCGUUGUGGAUUGCGGGCCAGUGGAUGAGUCAUGAGAGUGAGCAGAAGGCGAUUUUGCAGCUGUUGGAGAAGAUUGAGAAGCAAUCGGGAUGGACUCAGCGCCUAUUCUUGAGAGCCGCUCGUGUUCACGGGUUUGGCAAAAUCUUUUGGCCCCCCAUGUUCAGCCUCAUAGCCUUGUGUAUUGAGAUAAAAGCUUCUUCGUUGCUGAGAAUAGCGGCAGAAAGUCAUCCACAAUCCAGCAUCGAUCUAGCCUUGCUGCAACUAGCAUCUGUCAGUAUGGGUAACAGCUUUGGUUUUCUAAAGAACGUAUCUGGAAGUCCUUUCCAAUUCGCCGUGCUAGAGGCUUGCCAGGCUGAGAACAUCAAUUUGACCCAGGCUUGCAACCUAACGUUCAGCGCAAAUCACGAGCUUCUUUCAAUCGGUAAUGUGACGCGGGGAAAGAUGGUGCCGCAGCCUGGAAUAGCUGGCAUUGGAAUAUGGUUCGCAACGCUGCCGUUCUUUGUUGUUGUAAUAACUGCUAUGUUGUACACAUUCCUCAUAUUCGUGGCAAAGAAAAGAUUCUCUGGAUCCAACCUCUUGGCGUGGUUUAGAGACAAACGUAGCAAAGACCAGGAUGCCAACACCACAAACACAGAGCCGUCUUGGGAAGACAAGAUGCGCGCAGUAGGUCGAACCUUCGUCUUGAGUGUUGCAGACACUCAGAUCAUCUUUGUUGGAGGAUUCCUUCUCGGUUUCGCUGGCCAGGGCAAGUGUAAACUGACGAGCUACCACUUCACUGCAUCGGUUAGCCAGAUGAUGAUUGCGCUGUCUGCCAUCACUUUUUCUGUCGCUCUGGUACGGACCUACUGGCGAAAUCCACUGGCCGCAGCACUCCGGCUAGUUCUUUCUCUCGGAGCUUUUAUUGGCGUCGGUAUAACCAUUUUCAGGGAAGCCGACUACGCUCCAUUUGAUCUGUAUAAGCCUCCAGAAAAGGAUAGUGCCAUCCUACUUCCAGUGGCUUGCUUGUUGGAAGGAACACUACGCUCCGCGGCAGAGAAGCAAGCACAGGAGAGCGACGCAGAUCUCGGCUUCGGAGCAGCACUCAAUUGGUUCUGGCCAGCACCCGACAGAACCUUGUUCAUCGUCCUCGGCGUCACCUUCCUGUGGGCGCACUUUCUGGGUUUCGUUCGCUUUCGCGAAUCCCGCAAAUUUCGCAACCAGGCAAUAAAAGAACGGUCCUGUAUGCGGAAAUCCUUCAGUCGCUUGUACCUGGGGUCGGUAAUUCUCAUGCCUACCGGGACGUCGAUCUUCUGCUGGAUCCGCGUCUACAUCAUGCGCAAGUGGGUAGAUGAGUCUGGCUGGAUGGAAAGUCCUAAUACUGAGAUGAUCAUUUGGGACUCUGGCGGAUUGAUCGCGAUGGGAAUCAUUAUCACAGUCUUAAUGAACGUACUGACUGAGGCCUUCGAGAGAAAGAAGGAAGAAGCGACGAAGGAGAUUGAAGAAGGGGCGGCGUAUAAGCAGCUUGUGUCUCGGGAUCCUUCACCAAUGCACAUGAACGACCGGGGGUACAACCUCUGGCCAACUAGUACCAACCUCGGGUGCAACGAGGGUACACCCUCACAAGGACUCCAUCUGUUCACUUCCCGAUUCGUCGUCUCGAAAUCGCCUCACUCGACGGGCCCCGCCACCAUGUUCACGAGUUUCACCGGCAACACGCGAAAGGCGCGUCAGGUGAACCUCGGCGGAAAGAAGACAAACCCCUUCGGUCCUCCCGGCUCCGGCGCCGGAUCCCAGGCCGCCCUCGACCGCGCACAACAAGACCGCGUGCAACGACAGCGGGAACGAGAUACGCUGAAUGCGGCCAAGCGGAUACAGAAGGUAUGGCGGGGUCACUCCGCCAGGAGAGAUGUAGCCGACGAGCUACGGGGGGCAUGGGAUCGGGCAGAAGAGUCGAGCGGCUCUUCGCAUACCGUGGCAUACAGCUCCGAGGGAGAAGCCCUGGCCCAGCUGCAACGGCUGCUCCGCUUCGCUUCCUCACGGAGUGAUGACGAUCUGAGACGGAUACAACACUAUGCGUCGCGACAGAUGGAAGCAGUCAAGAAACUGGGCAUUGCUUCGAGCGGACCAUGGCCGUGGGCUUAUUUGAGGCUGCAGCGCAUAUUGCUCGUCGCUAUAGAACGGCAGCUUCAGAAGACCUCGACAGUCCAAUGGCAACAGAUUAGACCCUCUGUGGAUGUGUUACAUUUCCUCGCAGACCAGAUACCCGCCGAAACGUCCCAAAACGCCCAAAAUUACUACCGCGCCCUCGCGCUCGUCGUGUCCACAUUUACCUCAAUACUUGAAGCACAAAGUGACGGGUCAGACAUGAGCGACAUCAUAGCAAGGGCAGCUAUCUCGCCGAUGAAGCGGGUGACCGGAUAUACACUAGAUGCUUACGAAGCCUUUGGCAUACAUUUCUUGACUCUCCCGCUACUAGCAUCAGACUCGCCAUCACCGUGCCUACACAAGUUCCGCGACUCGCUCGCCGACUCAAUCAACUACAAACUACUUGCGAACGCAUUGGCAACUCUCUCUAAGAAAGCAGGACUGCAAAGCAAAGCCGAAUUGAAGAGCACGUCAAGUCGACUGCGUUUGCUGGGAAACUUCAUCUACUUUCACCGCUACGCUCAUAACUUUGACACUCCUGAAGCGUACGCUAUCCACAAAGAUUUCGUAGCCGUAGUCUCCGUUCUGUUGAACUCUCUACCAGUCAACAUCGUUGACGAUGGUCAUCCAAUCGCCGAGCUUUCGGAAGAUGGCAUCGAGCAAGACUCCGAAAUAGUGUCUGGUUUCUUGAAAGAGCAAGUUGGCUCGCUGGUGCACCAGGAAGGCAUUGGUAGUCUUCUCGCCGGAUCUUCGCAGUCAGCAGAAGCUUCGGACGAUGAGAAGAUUGAUGAAGCACGCCAGCUCGCAAACUAUGCCCUUGCAUUACUUCGAUUCUUUCCCCGCCGAGGUGACGAAAUACGGAUGUGGCUGUACAUUGGUCCAUCGGAGGCAUCUGAAAAAAGUACAAAGAAGCUUCCGGCGAUCAGGUACUUCUGGGAGGCGUCGAAACGAUCAUCCGUCUUCAGCACAAUCUUCAAAGACUCCAGGGCAGCUAUUGGACUUUUAAAGCCAAAGUCAUCGAGCAUGAACGGCUCCGACCGCCCGGGAACAUCGGGACUGACACAUCACGGUUUCUGGCAGCCAGCGCAGCAGCAAGUCGACCGCGAUGCUAUCACUACUGAUGAGUGGCGGGUUAUUCUUGUGUUCUUGGAACUAUACACCUUUGUGCUUAAAGUCACUGAUGAUGAGGAGUUCUUUACGUCUGGACAAAAGGAUGUAUACUCUGGUCAAAUCCGCGACAGUGGCUUACCCCUGACUGAAGUAAAGGAUCUGACAACCUUCCUCAAGAAUCUGGGUUUUACACUUUACUUUAACGCAGUAGACAUUACGAAUUCAGACGAGGACAAUAGGAGCAAUGGUACAAGUCUCAACUACUUCAAUCCGCAAGUAAUGGACAACCAAGCCCAAAAAGAGCAUGCUGAGCCAUCAAUAGGUGGUGUCGCGGGCUUGAAGAUCGAUUACGUGAAAGGUCUAGUCACUGGGUUGCUCCGUAUGGUGUACGAACGGGACUCGCGACGCAAGUUUCUGCCUGCAGACCACUGGUUGAUGGUUUCGCGGUUCGACAUGACUGGAUUCAUUCCUGCCGUAGUUGAAGAGGAGGAAUCGCGACAUAAGAUUCAAGAGGAAGACGCAGAUGAUCUCGAUGACCUGGAAGAAGAGGAGUUUGAUGAUACGCCACAGCUCAUUGGCACUAGUCGAACGCAACAGCAACGACGCUUGGAGAAGCUACAACGGCAGCAGCGCAAGGCUUCGCGGAGACGGUACCUGCAAGCGGUGGCGCCUCGUCUUGAGAUUUUGCAAAAUAUGCCCUUCUUUAUACCCUUUACCACUCGAGUCCAGAUCUUCCGCGAGUUUGUCAAGCUAGACAUGAUCAAACGAAGAGGGUCUGCGGAUCCAGAAUUUUGGCGAUUCAGAACGAUGCAGCAGCCAAACGCACGAAGUCAGUUGGAGAAACACACUGCAAGGAUCAGGAGAGAGAACGAGUUCGAUGAUGCUUUCGAGCAGUUUUAUGAGUUGGGCCAAGGCUUGAAGGAGCCGAUCCAGAUUACCUUUAUGGAUCAGUUUGGCGCUCCCGAAGCUGGUAUUGACGGCGGCGGAGUCACCAAGGAGUUUCUAACCAGCGUUACCAGCCGAGCAUUCAUGCCAACAGACUACAUUGACAUGUUUGUCGAGAACGACCAGCACCUCCUUUACCCUAAUCCCGCCGCCCUCGAAGAACACAAAGAAGCCCUCCGCCAAGCCGGCAUCCGUGAAGGCUCCCAGGAGUACCGUGCACAAAUUACUGAACUCCUCCAACGCUACGAGUUCCUCGGUCGCAUCAUCGGCAAAUGUCUCUAUGAAGGUAUCUUGGUCGACGUCAACUUCGCCCCCUUCUUCCUCCGUAAAUGGGCUCUAACAGGCGGCACGGGUUCCGCUCCCAACGAAUCUGGCUACCGCCCCACGCUCAACGAUCUCCGUGACCUAGACGAAGAACUCUACCAAGGCCUGCACAAACUCAAAACCUACCCCGGCGAUGUCGAAGAUUUCUCCCUCAACUUCACCGUCACCGACACGGUUGUCGUUGACCACACGACCUCGCCCAAGAAGACCAAAGCCAUAACCAAGGACCUGAAACCCGAUGGCUCCAACACCCCCGUCACAAAUCAAAACCGCCUCGUCUACAUUAGCUACAUGGCGCGUCACCGCUUGCAAAACCAACCGUACGCCCAAACCGCCGCUUUUUUGCGUGGUCUAAGCACAAUGAUCCAACCCUCGUGGCUCUCUAUGUUCAACGCCUCUGAACUCCAAACCCUCAUCUCAGGAACCCGCACACAAAUCGACAUUGACGACCUACGCCGCAACACCAUUUACGGCGGCACCUAUGUAAUCGGCGACGACGGACUCGAACACCCCACCAUCCAACUCCUCUGGAAAGUCAUGAAGGAAAUGAGUGACGAUGAACGACGGGCUGUGCUCAAGUUUGUGACGAGUACGCCGAGGGCGCCGUUGUUGGGGUUUGGGACGCUGAAUCCGAGGUUCAGUAUUAGGGAUGCGGGGAGGGAUCAGAGUAGGUUGCCGAGUACGAGUACGUGCGUUAAUCUUUUGAAGUUGCCAAUGUAUGAAGAUGAGGAGACGCUGAAGGAGAAGCUUUUGUAUAGUGUCUUUUCGGGCGCUGGGUUCGAUUUGAGCUAG